AUGCGUUCUGGGGGAGACGGUAAAAAGGGCCCUGGGCCCGCGGCAUGCAUUUUUUUGUUGGUAGCAUUACCGCUGGUGACGGCCAUGUGUGUGCGUGGUGGGGGGCCCGGUGGAGGUGUGGGCGAGGAUGAGGGAGAGGGUGGCGGUGCGUGGCGCAGCACCGAUGCCUUGCACCCCAUUGAGGCCGAAAUGCGGCCUUACGUGCGCGAGAUGAUAGGGCACGCCUUUAACUCCUACAUUAAGUAUGCCUUCCCGAAGGACGAGUUGCGCCCGGUGAACGGGGCAGGGAAGAACACCAUGGGCGGCUACGGGUGGACGCUGAUCGAUGCGCUCGACACGCUGGCGGUCGCUGGCUUCCACACGGAGUUUCGUCGCUACGCGAGGUGGGUGGAGGAGAAUGUGAGCUUUGACAUUGACAUCUCUGUUUCUGUGUUUGAGACGACGAUUCGGGCACUUGGCGGACUUCUUGCGGCGCAUUUUAUGUAUGAGGAAGGCGUGGUGGAGAUCGUCGCCUCGGAGCACAACUACACGGGUGGGCUCAUGCGUCUUGCUGUGGACCUGGGCAACCGGCUUCUCCCCUGCUUUAACACCAGCACCGGCAUACCGUACGGAGCAGUUAACCUCCGGCACGGUCUGGAUCCGACGGAGACAACGAUUGCCAGCACUGCCGGUGGUGGCACCUUUUUGGUGGAGAUGACCGCUUUGUCGGGCCUCACUGGCGACGACAGGUAUGAGCGAGCCGCCCGGCGUGCCUCCGAGGCAUUGUUUGCCGCACGAAGCCCUCAGACUGGGUUGAUGGGAAACCACAUUGACAUCAUGACCGGCCGUUGGCAUCUAUUUGAUUCUAGUGUUGGUGGUUCGAUGGACAGCGCUAUCGAGUACUUUAUCAAGUCCCACGUCAUGUCUGGGGACAUUGGCGACUGGGAGCGUUUUGAGCGGACGGUGCGGGAUGUCAACCGCUAUUUGAGAAAAUGUGGCAUGUUGACGACUGUCGAUAUGCGCAGUGGCCGACCGUUUUCUUCCGCCCAUCAAUCCCUGGCGUCGUUCUUUCCGGGCAACCUGAUUCUUGGCGGCCAUCUUGCUGAGGCCACUGAGAGCAACUGGCCGAUCCACAGCAUCUUCAAGCACUUCGGGGCGUUACCAGAGGAGUUUUCUCUGGGAAGUGGGGGUCCCCAUGGCGGCUACCCGCAGCGUCCCGAGCAUGCGGAAUCUGUGUACAUGCUUUACCGCGCGACCCAUGAUCCUGCGUACCUUGUGAUGGGGAAGGAGCUGGCAUUGGCGAUCAACUUGCGCAUGAGGACCCCGUAUGGGUUUGCCACGCUGCGCAACGUGGAUCUUCCGCACGGUGAUGAACAGCACGGCGACACGAUGGAGAGCUUCAUGCUUGCCGAGACGCUGAAGUACCUGUAUCUUCUUUUUGACGAGUGCAAUGCGGUGCAUGUUCAGGGGAAGCUCCGUGGCAGCAUCCCGUCGUAUUGCGCUGCUGUGGAGAGCGGCAGCAGUGUGGGGAGUCACGUGGGGUGGGUGUUCAACACCGAGGCGCAUUUAUUCCCCAACACGGCCGAGUGGUGGGGGCCAGUGUCUUCGAAUAAUUUAUUUUCUGAAUUGCUAGAGGAAUAUCUUAUGUGGGGGGAGGAUGUUGUGCCUUUUGCGUUUCCUUCGGAUGAUCGCUUGGGGUGUUAUCCUCUUUUUAAUCAUGGCGGCAUUGCUGCAGGAGUGGAGUUUCAUCGCAGACGCUUGGAUGUAAUUGAUAGUCUUAUUGAUGACCUUCAUGAGUUGCAGGGCGGUGACAAUGACCGUGGAGGAGGAAAUACCGCCCCGCACCGAUUUUACUGUGCUAAUCAUGCGCUGAGUGACGUUGAACGGAUUUCGAAGUCCAUAUUCCGCUGA